CUGACACAUCGGGAACUCUGACGCACCCGAAAUCCAGUACCAAAUGUUUUGGCGUUACGUCUGUGAACUUGGCGUCAAGCGCACACAUUUGCAAUCUCAUCAAAGUUCACAUGACACUCUGCCUCUCUUGGCCCAGUUAUCUAUGGAAGCACGAGGUGAGAGUAUUUACUAUAGUAGUGAGUGAUCAGAACUGAAGCUGCCUGGCGUUCAUUCAGGUGCAAUAAACACCUGACACUUGAAGUGGGGCGCAGUGGUGUGUCUGAGUCUUGCGUGUACCUUUAGCACAAGUGGUGAUAGCAGGGUGACAGCGAGGCAUUAACUCUUGGACUUUGGAAUCUUUGCAUUGAGACUGGCUAUAUAAGCAGCAGGAAUAUAGCAGCAGAGCACAAGCACUGUCAAGUGGACUUGAAGAGAGACACACACCUGUGCAGAUCUGUGAGCCAUCAUGAAGGUCCUUGCUGUGCUCGUCCUGGCUGUUUUCAGUGGUUGCAAUGCCAACCUCUUCUACGCUGAUGCCCCCAAACCUCAGAUGGAGGUGCUCACUGACGCCCUCUGGGAACAUGUCGCCAAAAUCACCGGCACUGCCAGUGACACCCUCGACAUGAUCCGCAAGUCUGAGUUCGGACAGGAGAUAAACGCUCGCCUGGCGGACAGCACUGAUAUGGCCAGCAAGUAUGCAGUCUCCUUGCAGGAGCAGCUUCCUCCCAGUGCCAAGGGCAUGAUCACCAAGGUGACCACCGAGGCUGACAUGCUGAGAGAGCGUGUGAACCAGGAGUUGGCUGCUGCCAGGGAGAAGCUGGAGCCCUACACCGAGGACAUGAAGCUCAAGGUCCAGCAGAAGGUGGAGCAGAUGAAGCAGGAGAUCUCUGCCUACGCUGAGUCCCUGGACUCUGAAGCCCUGAGGACCGCCGUGAUGCAGAAGACCGAGGAGCUGAAGAUGUCCCUGGACCAGAGCGUGCAGGAGCUGCAGGCCCAGCUGGGACCCUACACCGGGGACCUGAAGAUGAAGGUGGACAAGCACAUGGAGGACUUCAAGGCAAACAUCGCCCCCAUGACCGAGCGAGUCCAGACCGAGCUGAGCCAGAGAGCCCAGCAGGUGAAGGACAUGGCCUCCCCAUACGUCACCGAGCUGAAGGAGAAGCUGGACCCCUACGCCCAGGACCUCCGUGCCCGCCUCACCGCCCUCUACGAGUCCUUUGUCAACUCCAGCUAAGUUACAGUUCAACCUACCGAAACUCAACUCACUGAAUCCACUUCAGAGUCACCACUGUUUACCUCGCACAGGUUCUGACCACAACCCAUGUUCUCGUUAUUAUGUAA